AAACUAAUCCAUCUUCAAUCAAAAUAUUCUCUCUUCUUCAGCCGCUAUAAAUCUCUUCACUAAUUCUUCAACACAAAAUCAUCCAAUUCUCUCCCACUACACCUCAACCAAUUAAACAUACUAGAAGAAGAAGAAAAAUUACGAUGAUGAAUUCGACAAAAAGCAGUGGCGAAGCAGCCAUAAACAUCUCCGAAUCCAAAUCGACCAAAGCCAAAACCGCCGCUGCAACUCGGCUCCCGCAAGCUCCGUGGAAGAGAGGCGCUUCCAUUUUCGACUUCAUUCUCAGGCUCUGCGCCGCCGCUGCCGCGCUCGCCGCCGCCGCCACCAUGGGCACCACCGACGAAACGCUCCCUUUCUUCACUCAGUUCUUCCAGUUCCAAGCCAGCUACGAUGAUCUCCCCGCUUUCACGUUUUUUGUGGUGGCAAAUGCUAUUGCUAGUAGCUACUUAGUAUUAUCUUUGCCUUUCUCCAUUAUUGGAAUUGUUCGCCCUCAAGCAGCAGGAAUCAAGCUUCUUCUUCUCAUCUUCGACACGGCGGUGGCGGCUUUUACCACAGCGGCGGCAGCGGCAGCGGCGGCCAUUGUGUACCUAGCGCACAACGGCAACUCCACGGUGAACUGGCUAGCCAUCUGCCAGCAGUUCACCGAUUUCUGCCAGCGCGUGAGCGGCGCGGUGGUGGCGUCGUUCAUCGCCGCCGUCAUCCUCAUCUUCCUGAUCGUGCUUUCCGCGGUGGCGCUGCGCAGCCACUGAUCGUAAACUCGCAUUUUCACAAGCUUAAUUACGAAGUCUGUUUCCACUGUUUUUUAUUUUAUUUUUUCAAUUUCGAAAUUUGUGAUUGUGAUUUUGGUGUAGAAAAAACAUGUAAUUAUUUGAAAAUGUUUUUAAUAUUGUUAAAUGUGAAAAUGCUUUUCUCUGUCA